AUGAACCUCCCUGAACACAAACUGCGUGAUUUGUUCUAUGCGAAGAAUUACAAAUAUUACGCCAAGUAUGAUAACUACGGAAGUUUCCAAAGGAGACACACGUCCUUCCAGAACAAUGGAAACGUGUGCUACUGCAACGCCUCCCUCCAACUGUUACUGUCGAUAAAACCGUUGUGCAUAUACCUGCUAAGCAAGUUUGAAAAAAUAUACGGAAGAACGAAAUCAAAAUCCAAGUAUAAGGGAGACAUACUGAAGGCACUCUUUUACAUUAUUGAAGAAACGUACAAAGUCGAAAAAGGAUAUUUAUGCACAGACAAACAUAUUAAUCUUUUAAAAAAAAUGAGAAAAUAUAAUAGCAGCAUAGUGAUCAACGCACAAAAUGAUGCACACGAAUUUCUGUUAAUGCUACUCAACUAUAUAAACGUUGAGUGUAACCGAGAUUCUAACUUUCCACCAAAUUUCGAAAUAACCCUGGACGAUAAAGAUAGCAAAGAAAAGGCAUCAGAAAAGUACUGGGUAAAAUAUCUAUAUAAAGAUAACAGCAUAAUAACAGACCUUUUAGGGUUCCAAAACGUCUCCAGCAUAACUUGCACACAUUGUGGACAUACAAGACACAGUUUUGAAUUCUGCCUAGACUUAGGGUUAGAGUUCCAAAGUGAGCACAUACAAAGUACAUCACUCAUUGAUUUGUUAAGGAGUAAUAUAAUGAAGAGCGAUGAUUUCUGCCUCUUAUUUUGCCCCAUUUGUAAAUCCAAACAAAAUAGCUCCAUUAAAAAAGGCCUCUACAGAAUGCCCAAUUUGUAUAUGAUUAUUUAUAUCAAGCGAUUUAAGUGGAGUUACGAGUGCACCAAUUAUUUCAAAAGUAGAGUGAAAAAAAUUGACACAACUGUUCUACUCCCAUGGGAUGGAUUAAUUGAUUUUACUUCCUUUGCUUACAUGUCCAACCAUGAAUCUUUAUCCAACUCGAAAUAUCUCAUCGAGAGCUUCAUUUGCCACAGCGGCAACAGUUACAACGGUCACUAUACAGCCGUCGUUAAACAUACCGAUGGAUUCUACAAAUGCAAUGAUGAAAAAAUGAAAAAACUUAGUAACCCCUUUAAUCCUGAAAAUAUUAGCGACAUUUACCUGCUCCUACUCAGGAGAGUUACCUAA